GGUGCAUACAAUCUCUCUGGGUUCUUUUGGAUGUGGUACUUGGCAUGUCGUUGACUCGUUGGGGGUCCUGGCCUUGUGGGCAAGGCUGACAAGCGGCACAGUCGUUAUCGCUUAUCGUGAUAAUACCUCUCGGCUAAACUCCGGCCGAGCAUCACCUGAAAACUCAAAUCACGGCAGUCGUUGAGAUGGAUCCCUCCCAAGCCCAACGUCCCCGGCAUGUCGCCAUGAACGACGAUCGGAGAGACGCCCAAGAGCGCAGAGAUCGAGGCAGAGCAGGUCAAGGUGGGAUAGUCUCUCGUAGAUCUGUAUCUCCCACGCCUCAUCGACCGCGCAACGACGAAACGGAGAAACAGCCUGAAACCGAUCCUAGGGGGACGCAGCUCAAGCAUCGUCGAUCUUCCGACCGAUCGAACCUCCCGAUCCACGGGAAUCCAUCAGAACGUGGGAAAGACAGAUCACAUCGCCAAUCUCGCUCCUCUCGCCGGCGGAACGAGCGCCAAGAAGAUCGCUAUCAGCCUCCUCGCUCUCGAGACAUUGACGACCAGUUCCGGCGUGAUCACAGAGGUGGCCGUCAACGCACACGUAGUCCAAGUCCCCGCCGGGGUCGCGGUGGACCUUCGUUAUCGCCUUCAACCAAACGACCGAGAAGUCGGAGCUCGGUCUCGCCUGAGUGGGACAGGAAACGGUCGAGGCGAGACGACAGCCCCGGCCGGACUUUACGAACCCCGAGAGACGCGAGAGACGCGAGAGACGCGAGAGACGCGAAAGACGAGAGAGACGACGAACACCCAGAUACCCGUGCACCCCGCAAUCAUACACCUUCUCUGGAUCCCGGCGACUCGCGCACGGACUCUAGACAGAAGAGACGACAGGACCGACGUCGCAGUCGAUCACGAUCCUCGGCCAGGGUUAGAUCGGAUUCCCGUCGUACAGAGCGGUCGCCCCCUAGCUAUCACGGAAAGGGUCACACGCGUGGACGGACUCGAUCUCCGCGUUCUGCCUAUCGGGCUCGAUCCCCCAGACCGCGAUCCCCACUGUCCCCUCACGACGACCGUCGUCCAGAACGUCCUCGCCGCCGAUCACGUUCCACCAGCAGGGGUUCAGGACAUCGAACGAAACAGGGGAACGGACCGAAAUCCACUCGAGACGGGCCAUCCUCUGGUGCCAAUAGCAUUGAAGUAAACAUGACAGGACGAGGUCAUCGCGGUAGCUUUGGUGCCCGGCAGCAGAUGCACAGUGCAUUUUCCGGUAAUCCUGGUUACAAUGAUCCUCGCCAAUAUUCGCAAUCUCCUCAUGUCACCCCCAAUCCAUACCAUAGCUCGCCCAAUCAUUCGCCAUAUGGUGCUAGGAAUGCUUGGAGCGGCUCUCCCCACCAACAUCAACAUCCAGCACAGUAUCCGCAGGCAGCCUAUGUGCCGCAGAACAAUUCACAAGCUCCGUACCAAGCAUCUUCAUACUCGCCGCCGCCUUCUGCUCCGACGGGGCCAAUGCAGCAGUAUCCCAGAGGUAAUACCUACCGAGGCGGUGGAUCUUUUCGUGGCAACCAGUUUGGUUCUGGACGGGCUGGCUACAGAUCUGCCAAUGUUAAGAAUCUUACAUGGACUUUGAAUGCUCAAAGUUCAAGCGGUCGGGGCUCGCUCGCCCAGGCAGACGAUGUGAAGUCACAACUUCCCAGCUCUGCCACGACAAAUGCACCAAGCGACAAAGGAGAAGAAGCCCCAGAGGACAAACAGAAUCCGUUCCGGCCGUCAAUAGACUUGCAGGUCGAAGAUAAGACUCCACCAGAGAAAAUCGAGGAUAAGGAGAUGCCUCCUCCCAACCGGCCCCCUCCAUCAGGGCCAUCCACUCAGUCGGCGGCAUCGUCGAAGUUCAGCUUCGCAUUUAAGGCGUCUGCGAAGCCAGCUCCGACGGCGCCCAAGCCAGAAAUUUCCCAGAAGUUCAACGCUGCACCUCCGAAGCGUGAUGCCCCGCCGCAGCCAGACCACCGCCCCCAGCAACCGGAUCAGCGAUCGCGGGACCCUCCACGUGGAGCUCCGACAGAGCCCGCGUCUGCCAGAGGAAGGCAUGAACCGAGGCAUCAUCCUCCUCCACCCGGCCCUAAACCACCUCCACCCCCGAAGACGCGGACCGUGAAGAAGAAAAUGAAGCGACUGAAGCCCCGACAGAGCUUGACUGAAGACUUGGUCAAGUCAGAGUCGGUGUAUUUCCGCAAGCCCGGAAACGAGUCUGUGGUAGGCUCAGGUACCUACGGGAAGGUCUUCAGGGGCCUUCAUGUCUACACCAAGCGUCUAGUUGCCCUGAAGAGGAUCCGCAUGGAAGGUGAGAAAGAUGGCUUCCCAGUCACGGCUGUGCGAGAGAUUAAACUGCUCCAAUCUCUUCGACAUCCCAACAUCGUUCAGCUUCAAGAAGUCAUGGUUGAGAGAAACGAUUGCUUCAUGGUCUUCGAAUACCUCUCCCACGACUUGACAGGUCUUCUCAACCACCCAACGUUCAAACUCGAUGCGGCGCAGAAAAAGCAUUUGGCCAAGCAGAUGUUUGAGGGCUUGGACUACCUCCAUAACCGCGGAGUUCUUCAUCGCGACCUGAAAGCCGCCAAUAUCCUUGUCAGCAACGAUGGGAUUCUCAAGCUCGCUGACUUCGGCCUCGCCCGGUUCUAUGCCAAACACCACCAGCUGGAUUACACAAACCGCGUGAUUACCAUCUGGUACCGGCCCCCAGAGCUUCUCCUCGGCGAGACUCGAUAUGGACCGGCGUGCGAUAUCUGGAGCACGGGCUGCAUCAUGAUGGAGUUCUUCACGCGCCACGCCACGUUCCCCGGUGACGGUGGGGAGAUCAGCCAACUAGAUAAGAUAUAUAGUGUCAUGGGGACUCCGAACAAGGCAGAGUGGCCUGGUUUGGUCGACAUGCCCUGGUUCCAACUACUACGACCUGGAUACCGUCAACCCAACACUUUUGCUGCAAAGUACAAGGACAAGUUGACACCUGCGGCCUACGAUCUCCUCUGUUCCAUCUUCAAGUACGAUCCGGCCAAACGCCCCACUGCCGCCGAAGCCCUUCAGCACGCCUACUUCACGACUGAGGAUCCCGCUCCUCGGCAAGCUGUAGAAUUGGCGACGCUAGAAGGCGACUGGCACGAACUCGAAUCAAAACAACACCGACGUGAGAACGAGCGGCGAGACAGAGAGGCGCGCCACGCAGCUCGGGCAAAGGAGAAAGAGCGCAAGCGCGAGAACGACAUGCAUGAUCAACGAGGGGACGUGAAGCGAGUUCAUCUUGAGGGGAAACCGCCCCAACCUGUGGACAACAUCACCGCAGCCAGAGAUGUUUAGAAGGCGAGUGUGGAUUCGCAACACCGGUCGUCCCCCCCUCACUCAUAUGAUGUGAUCGCAUUUUUCGCCCAAUAUACGGCGAAGAAAUUGUUUUACCUUCGGCAUCUCAGUCCAUGUUCUUUAUGGGUAUUCAGCAUUCUCAAGGCGUGGAGUUAGCGGCGUUAUGUACAACCGUCAAGAAGGACUCUAGGUUUUCAUGUUCAGGUCAAGCGAAUAGUAUUUCGGUGAUUUCGGUAUCGCUAUUUUACGCAUCUCGGGUGAAGCUACACUCGAAAGGAGCUGGUGUGAGAGCCAGACCAGCAUCAGGUGCGUGGGCCAGGCACGAAAGAACAGAACAGUUCAUUCUCACUGCUGUAGGGUGAAGAUGAGCCGGCGAUUGGGUGUCGGUCCAGUCGACGUGAAAGGGUCUGUGGCCUGUAUAGUACAUCUCAGCAGCUGCAUAUAUGGCCUCCGCCACUUUGAUUAUCCCCCAGAGAUGUU